GUUAGAAGAAAAAAAAAGUCCGAAUAGAAGCUCAAAUAAAAUCAUUGUGUUUCUCUUUUUAGCAAAAAUCAGUGAAGAGAAGAGAAAUCAGGGAAAAGAUGAAGAACAUGAACAACCACGACAACAAUAACAGUUCGACCCUGGAUUCAAGAUUCAAUCAAACUCUCAAAAAUGUCCAAGGGUUGCUUAAAGGUCGCAGUAUUCCUGGUAAAGUACUAUUGACUAGAAAAAACGAUCCACCAGAGGAUCCAAGCUUACAAGAAAGAUCUCCUAGUUUUGGAAGAAGCUUUUCAGAAAAUGAUGCCGGCACAAGUGAUCGAAUGGACAUGUCAAAGCAAGCAGAAACUUGGGGUUCAGGAAAGAAAAAUGAUAAUGCAGCAACAAACAAGCUGAAACCUUCAAUGUCUAAUAUUGAGUUUGAAUCAAAACCCAAAGACAUUCACAAGUCCCCUAUUGGUGCUAGAGCUACAGAUUCUGCAAGAAUUAUGAAGUUUACCAAGGAAUUAUCAGAAACAACAGUAAUAUUAGAGAGAUUGCGGGAGUUAGCUUGGAGUGGUGUACCACCAUAUAUGCGCCCCAAUGUUUGGAGGCUUCUCUUGGGAUAUGCACCGCCUAAUUCAGAUAGAAGGGAAGGCAUUUUGAGAAGGAAGCGGCUUGAGUAUCUUGAUUGUGUUGCUCAGUUUUAUGAUAUUCCAGAUACAGAACGUUCAGAUGAUGAGAUCAAUAUGCUUCGCCAGAUAUCUGUUGAUUGCCCAAGAACUGUACCUGAUGUGACCUUUUUUCAGCAAGAACAAGUUCAGAAAUCCUUGGAGCGUAUUUUGUAUACAUGGGCAAUUCGGCAUCCUGCAAGCGGAUAUGUGCAGGGAAUAAAUGAUCUUGCUACACCUUUCCUGGUUGUUUUCUUGUCAGAACAUUUACAAGGAAACAUCAAUAAAUGGUCCAUAACUGAUCUAUCUCAGGAUAAAAUCUCCAAUAUAGAGGCUGAUUGUUAUGGGUGCCUAUCAAAGUUAUUAGAUGGCAUGCAAGACCAUUACACGUUUGCUCAACCUGGAAUUCAGAGACUUGUGUUCAAGUUGAAGGAACUGGUUAGGCGGAUUGAUGAACCUGUUUCGAGGCACAUGGAAGAACAAGGGCUUGAAUUUCUUCAAUUUGCUUUUCGCUGGUUCAACUGUCUUUUAAUACGUGAGAUCCCUUUUCAUCUUGUUACCCGCCUGUGGGACACCUACCUUGCUGAAGGAGAUGCAUUGCCAGAUUUCCUUGUGUACAUAUAUGCCAGUUUUCUUUUAACGUGGUCAGACAAGCUUCAGAAACUUGAAUUUCAAGAAAUGGUGAUGUUUCUACAACAUCUUCCAACUCAGAACUGGACACACCAAGAGCUGGAGAUGGUACUUUCUAGAGCAUAUAUGUGGCACAGUAUGUUCAACAGCUCCCCCAGCCACUUAGCUAGCUAGAUACUCUCAAGUCUCAACCUUUAACAGGUCUUUUCGUAUCCUCGUCGACGUCUUUUUUAUUUAUUUUUUCCGAAUUCCUUGAAGCGGCUAUGUAUCCCAUUUUUCUGGAGGUGAUUAACCGUGUUGUGGCUUGUAAUAUUUGUGUAUACCAUAGAUUGAAGACGAAACAGAGAAUUUUUGUGUAAUGAUUUUAUUGGAAUUAAUGAAUGGAGGUUAAUAGCA